ACAAACAUUGUCACAUGACCUGACAAAAUGUCUUCGUAUGCUGAUGAAGACCCGGGGUCUUUUCCUCGAGGUUUUGGAUAUGGUCCAGACGAGAAUGAUACAGAUAUUCAAGCAGUUGCUACAGAACAAAAACCAAGAAUUUUAUUAAUGGGAUUACCAAGAAGUGGUAAAUCAUCUAUACAGAAAGUUGUCUUUCACAAAGUUUCACCAAAUGAAACAUUAUUCCUGGAAAGUACAAAUAAAAUAGUAAAAGAAGAUAUUUCCAACAGUUCCUUUGUACAGUUUCAAAUCUGGGAUUUACCAGGACAAUUUAAUCCAAUGGAUGCUAAUUUUGAUCCAGAAAAUAUAUUUGGUGGAUGUGGGGCAAUUAUUUUUGUAAUUGAUGCGCAAGAUGAAUAUAUGAAUGCAUUGACAAAACUUCAUACCACAGUAGCCAAAGCCUUUAAAAUAAAUCCUGAUAUUAAAUUUGAAGUGUUCAUUCAUAAAGUUGAUGGUUUAUCAGAUGACCACAAAAUAGAAGCACAACGUGAUAUACACCAACGGGCAUCUGAUAACUUAACAGAUGAAGGAUUAGAAAAUCUUAGAUUAAGUUUUUACCUUACCAGUAUAUAUGACCACUCAAUAUUUGAAGCCUUUAGUAAAGUUGUACAAAAGUUAAUACCACAGCUCUCAGUGUUAGAAAAUCUCCUAAAUAUACUCACAACACAUUCUGGUAUAGAAAAGGCCUUUUUGUUUGACGUUGUCAGUAAAAUCUAUAUCGCCACAGAUAUUUCCCCGGUAGAUAUGCAGUCCUAUGAACUUUGCUGUGAUAUGAUUGACGUUGUUAAUGAUGUGUCAUAUAUUUAUGGGAAGGACCACAGCAAAGGCAGUUGUGGUAUACUAUCACGGCAGGAUUCAACAGCGACAAAAGAAGAUGGAGCCUUUGAUAGUCAAUCAGCAUCAACAAUAAAAUUAAAUAAUGGUACAAUUUUAUAUCUACGUGAAGUCAACAGAUAUUUAGCGUUAGUUUGUAUUUUACGGGAAGAUAGUUUUGAUAAACAAGGUGUGAUAGACUACAAUUUCCUAUGCUUCAGACAAGCUAUACAGGAGGUAUUUGAGGUGAGACAGAGAGGACAAUUAAUAUCUUCAGGUGAAUUUACCCAGCAGCCAAAUGGAAUCAUUAAAUGACAAUGUAUAUAAGUGUGUAGGAUUUUAUUUCAAUGACAAGACACCUCAACAUGCUCAACAGGAGGCGUUUUCAUAAAAAAUCUUAAGAUUAAGAGUGAUCCUUAGUCAUUAUCAAUUCAGUAUACUUAAAAUCAAUCUUAGCCCUAAGUUUUAUUGUGAAACAGACUCCUGAUAUUUGCAGAGAGAGAUAACACAAACAGGAUGUUAUAUGUAUUGUGGAAAGUUGAUAACACCACUUUAACUUAGUUUUGAGGUGCAAUUUUUUAGAAAGUCUUAAGGAGGCUCGCGGGUACAAAAAUUUCAGCAAAAAAUUAAAAUUUGUUUUCUCAUUACAAAAUUUAUUUAUUACACUAUUAGUUAUUACAAAUAUGAUAUGAUACAAAAAUCAUCCAAAAAAAUCAAUUCGGUUUGCCCCCAGAUGACUUUGAAAAUGUUUUUAUUAUUAAAAAGCUCCAAACUAUCUCCCUUUGGUGCAAAAAUGCCAUUUUUUUGGCAUUAAAUUUGAAAUAUCUUCAUUAACUCAUCGGUGACCUAUAUUUUUUAUUAUUGUUUUCAAAUAAGCUUUAUAUACAUCACAUAAACUAAAUAAUUGUAAAAUUUUAGUGAUUUCUGUAAUUAAAUUCUUUUUUUAUUUCGCUAUUACUUUUAUUACUCCUAUUAGUUCAACAGAAAAAAAGGACAUUUACAAAAAUGUUUGCUUCUUUUGGAGGCAGAUUGUGAGCUAAAAUGAACGUUAACCCCAUUUUUUCUUCAUUUUUCUAUUAAGUAUAUGAUAAAGUUCAUUUAUGAAAAAAAAAAGAGAAAUCGUAUAUAUAUAUUAGGAAAAAAAAAUGAUUUAGACCUGCGAGCCCCCUUAACUAUUAAAUUAUAAUGUACAAUGUCAGAAUUUUUCAUACUCACCUUAUUAUAAACAAUGUCAAGAUUAUAUUUUGAUAUAUUGUUUCAUGGCAUUUGUUUAAUACCACAACAUCAAGAAGAGACCUAUAUCGUGACAAGGGAAAUGUAUUUGUGAUUUUGUAACUUGUGCAUUCAAAAACCUGAAAAACAAACCUCAAAUAUAUAUGAUAAACAUGAUAUGGGAAAGUUUGAAAUGUCGGGAAAAAGUUCAUCAAUUUUCCAUUUUGUUUGUGUGUGAAGGAAUUUGGAGAAGCCUUAAUUUGUCAUGCCUUCCUACUCACAAAAAGAGAUAAUUGCAUUUUUAAGUAAAUUUAUUUUGAUCUUUUUAAUUUUAAAUGAUUUUUUUAAGUAUUAAAAUGCUAGUUUCUGCUGUGUAUGAUAGUUGUUUACAUUUUUGUCUUUGUUCAUUGUUGAAGUCCUAAAGUAUCCUGUUGUUGUUCAUAUUCUUAUCAUUUGAUCAUUAGCAACAUACCACAUCUCUAUAUUUAAAAUGAUAGUAGAAGCUAAAAAGACAUUUUAAACACCUUUGCAUGUAUGAAAAUUACACAUCUUGAAGCAAAAUAUUCUGAGCAAGUCUUUUA